AGCAGCCCAAACAGCACCCUUUCCCCAAAAGCAGCCAACACAGCGACCCUAACAGCUCUGGAGCCCUCCUGGUGGGACUGGACAGCAAACCCCACUCCGGGACAGUGACAGAACCCUCAGAGGACACCCUGGAAAAGGUGAGGGAUGGCAUCUGUGGGCUGGAGAGCAGCAGGUGGGGCUUGGAGGCUGAGCUGCUUUUUUUCUGAGGUUUAUUUCCAGUACUUAGAAGUGUAUUUAGGGGAUUUUUGAAGUUUUAAAAGAAAUUUUCUGGGAUUUUGUAGGGUUUUUCAGGGCUGUUUUAGGAUUCUUUAGCAUACUUUUAGGGUUAAAGUCGAAAGUGAUACCCUUUGAAAACGUGGAGAUUUAGGACUACACUGCCAUGGUCUGGAAGGGGGCCAGUGGCAACCUGGGGCUGGGAGAAAUCCUGCUCCGUUCGGAAUUUCAGGCGUCCCUGGGAUAUGGCCCACGACACAAACUGUGCCCGAUUUCCCUGUGAAAGAAAAGUUUGUGUUUACGGUUCUGUGGCCAGGAGCUGGCUCCUGCCUGCUAAAAUUCAGAACGGAUCAGGUAUCUCCCAGACCCAAGCUGCCACCACUAAGAACUCUGGCUGCCUUUGGGGUGACAAAUGCCUCCUCCAAACUGCUAUCAGGAGACAGGGAGGGGUGAGCACUGAUCAAAAGAGAAAAGGGCCAAUGUUCUUGUCCAGGGUUCUGCCCGCUUCUUGGGGGUUGGGCUGUCCUCCUCCUUUCUCUCUGGAAUUGUUCCCAUUGUCAUGGUAAGAAACUCGUUGGCUCCACCCGGGACGAUGCUCAACGACCGCAGGAGGGGCAGGGCGGACCCGGGGCGGGGCGGGGGAAGGAGGGAACGGCCACUCGUGCUCAGGACUCGCUCUUUCCACCCUGCUCGCCGGAGCGAGAUGUGCGGGACUGCGCCCUCCCCCAAAUGGCCAUCCCAGCGCGGGGAGCCACGUUCGCCACCGCCCUGCUGCUGUUCCCCGACCCAGCUGCCACCUCCGGACACCGCUCCGAGCUACAGGGGAGCAGAGCGUUCCUCCUCCAUCCCUCCCCGUCCUCCGGACACCGCUCCGAGCCACAGGGGAGCAGAGGGUUCCUCCUCCAUCCCUCCCCGUCCUCCGGACACCGCUCCGAGCCACAGGGGAGCAGAGGGUUCCUCCUCCAUCCCUCCUCGCCCUCCGGACACCGCUCCGAGCCACAGGGGAGCAGAGGGUUCCUCCUCCAUCCCUCCUCGCCCUCCGGACACCCCGCAGAGCCACAGGGGAGCAGAGCGUUCCUCCUCCAUCCCUCCCCGUCCUCCGGACACCGCUCCGAGCCACAGGACAGGAAAAAGCAUGACACUCCUCCCAUCUCUGCCAAAAGCUGUGGUGUUUGAGCAGCCAAAGCCAGGAGGCUUCAGCACCAGGGCUCUGCCCUGGAGGGCUCCUGGUCCUGCCCAUGCUGUGGGGGAGAAGAACACCAACUCACAGCCAUUCAGGCCUGACAGUCCCCUGCAGCGAGAGCUCAGCACACAUCCACAGAGGCAAGUCCAGCAUCUGAAAGAAGAAAAAUAAACAGAAGAAAAAGGUGA